AACGGAAAUCAAUUGAGCGCCGCGAACGUCGCGUUCCUGCGAUCGCUCGGUUUCAUUGUGAGAAACAAGAAUUAUGGUGGUCGAUAUACUGAGCAUCGGAGGUGAGCCGAUUUUCGACGAGCGCAUCGUCAAGAUCGAAACUCACGCGUACAACCCCUACGCCAAUGCAACGUUCGGAUACAGCGAUGAAGUACGAAUACCCAUACAGCAGCAGGAUCUGUACACUCUACCGUGCGAAAGCGCUCUAUACGAGGAGGGAAAAUUGUCCGAUGAGGCAUCAACGACGACGAAUCAGAAUUCAAAACUUGCGAGCAACUGCGUCGCCUUCAUGUUCGAGGAGAUACGUUACGAACUCAAUGGCGUAGAGAUCGAUAGAAAUCGCAACAUUGGAAUAACCAAUACGAUUAAGAAUUCCGUUUCGUUGACCCCGCGCGAGCUCGAUAUAUUGCAGAACGCCGGGUGGGGUGAGCCAAACGUUUCCGACAGCGGUUCCUUCAGCCUGUGUCCCCUUGAAGAUAUUAUUGGGCUUUUGCGAGGACUGCAAACGCGUAGUGGUGAACGUUCGACACGAACUUAUUUUGAUACGCGCGCGCAACGAUACCAAUUGCAUCGUGGCGAAAGAAAGUGCUAAAAAUCCUAAAAUCGUUCUUUCGAGGGUGCAAUGGCGAAUGCCGCACAUUGUUUUGAACGAUGUUAACAAAUUGUCGCUUCUACGAACGCUGGAGAGCGGACGGUUUUUAAGCGUCGGAUUUCGCUCGUAGGAUCUGUACGAAUGUCCAUUGUUGCAGAGCACGACCAAGCACUCGUGGGCCGUAAAACUGCGGCGCAACUAGAGAAACCGCGAUACGUUAUCUUUGCCCUACAGACAGGAAGAAGAAACGUUUUGACAAGCGAUUCCUCAACCUUCGAUCAUUGCAAGCUCACCAACGUGAAACUGUAUUUGAAUUCAGACUUUUAUCCCUAUGACGACAUGAAUCUUGAUAUAAAUAACAAUAAAUUUACUGUACUGUACGACAUGUAUGCAAAAUUUCAAAAAUCGUACUAUGGGCGAAAACUCGACGAUGCGUAUCUAAACGUAAAAUCAUUCCUAACAUCCGGCCCAUUCGUGGUGAUCGAUUGCUCUCGUCAGAACGAGGCGGUGUAAAGCGCCACUGUGGACGUUCGCGUAGAGUUCGAGUGUAAGGAAAACGUUCCGGCCGACACCACAGCGUAUUGUCUCAUUAUUCAUGACCGAAUCAUCGAGUCCUGUCCCCUGACGAAUGUCGUGCGCAAAAUUGUAUAAAUACUAUUUAUAACCGGGUCAUCGAGUACAGUCCCUCGACAAAGAAGAACGAUGUAAAAAGACGCCGUCUCGCACGACGGUACGGAAAAGUCGUUCAGAUCGCACCGCGCACUGUCAAACGUGCCAGUCUUCAUCGACCUCCAAGGCUUCGUAGUCCAUGAAAAAACAAAACUUCAUCGUAAAGGGGGUAGCCGUGCUGCGAGACCGUAAACCUACAGAGACUGCGUCCACGCACAAUGUCACACGUGCCUGUCUUCGUCGACCUCCAAGGCUUCAUCUUCCGUGAAAAAUUCAUCGUAAAGGAGGUGGCCGUGCUGCGAGACAAACAUGUGUUAACGCAUCAUGUUUUUAAAGCACCGAUAGCCUGGGAUCUAUUAACGAGAUCCGAAAAAUCUCAAGCUUGCUGGCUAACGGCGAAUCAUCACGGAUUGCAUUGGAAGGAUGGAGACGUCCAAUACGCGCGCUCCAGAGAGAUGAUACGACGAGCCACGUGUGACGGAUUGGCGGACGAUGCGACGAUCUACGUCAAAGGGCUCGAGAAGAAGAAGUGGCUCUAGGAGAUUCUCGACGGAUGCGCCCGCAAUGUCAAGUCUAUCGACGCGGAUUACGAUGACAUCGACCGUCUGGUGUUUUUGAACGCGGACACUUCGUUUCGAUGCAGACGCCACACCGAUCACUGCGCGAUAACGAACGUUACCAAAUUGCGCGAUUGGUGGAUAGAACGAGAAACAGCUCACGACACAUUUUUCUAAAAACACAUCUAUUAUUCAUAUUUUUUCAUUGCAAAUAUAUCUAUAUACUGCUAACUGUGUGUCACAUUGUAAUUGCAAAAUAUAUAUCCGAUUAACUGUGAAACAUAUUUUACUUGCAAAAUAUAUCAAUAUACUAUUACAUGUGUGUGUGUUAUAUUUUAAUUAUCGCCUUUCCCCAUCCUCGGAUUAUCUUUGCAGUUGCGGUUGCGGUUGCGUCUGUCGCUUAGCUUCCGCGCGCAUCAUCAUCGCCAUUGUCAGUACGAAUUUAAUCGUCGUGCUGUAAAUGUGAAAAAAAACUCGAAAGUGAAGUUCAGUGUAUUACACGUUUUGAGCCCUACCGUACACACAGCGAUGUAACCUCCGACGGAAAGCGACGGACCGAUCGACGGAGCGCGCCCGCAGGAUCACGAGGAUCGUUAUCACUUACUCCUGCGGUGCAGCUGUUUAAUGCAAUCGGUCGGCGGAGCGAUCUACGUAUCACGGGUAUACCCGUGGCACAAGAUGUGCGAGGAGUGUUACUUUGCACGACCAGUCGUAGGGGCAAACUCUUACGUCAGGAAAACGGAAUACCACUCAAUUACCUCGCGACUCUACAGAAUACCGUGGAAGAUCAAAAUGUGUUGUGUACGAUGCAAACGGGAAGUAGUUCGCGUGCAAAGGGCGAUACAUUGUAGACAGUGUACAGAGGAGUAUUUAGAGAGCGAGGACAAUAUGUUCAUAAGAGACAACGUCAAUAUGAACUAUGAAACGGAUACGAUAAAACGGUAUUAAACUAUUGUACUAACUCUCUAAAUACUCCUCCAUACACACACUGUCUCGAUAUAUUAUAAAACAGUUUUUAUUAAAAUAUUGUAUUUUAACAGUUUACAAUGAUAUGUUACACAUAAAAUAAUACUCGUAUUAAGUUUUACUCGCACACACUCUGUGUGUGUGUCUCUCUCUCUCUCUCUCUCUCUCUCUCU